AACUUGGCGAGAAUGCGUGGGAUUAACCUCCACAAGGCUGGAAUGGAAGGCCUCGAUUCAGAGACCAUCAAUAAAAUCAUUGAAGAGAACUCCAAAGGAUCAAAGUUCUACGAAAAUGAGAGGCGACGUGGUGCUAUUCUAAAGGAACAAGUGGAAGAGAAACUGGCGAAACUGCGGUCUCUUACACCAUCAGACAUUGAAGCAGGUGAAAAGGAGGCCGAUAAGUUGCUUCGAAACUUCUCAGCGGAACGUCGAUUCGACAGAUGCAUUAUCCACAUUGACAUGGAUGCUUUCUAUGCUGCCGUGGAGAUGCGAGAUGACCCUUCCUUACGACUUAAACCCCUGGCUGUUGGAAGCCAAAGCAUGCUGUCGACCAGCAAUUACUUGGCUCGCCGGUACGGCGUUCGGGCAGCGAUGCCAGGUUUUCUUGGCAAGAAACUCUGCCCCCAACUCACCAUCGUCCCACCAGAUUUUGUAAAAUACACAGAAGUUAGUCGAACGGUGCGCAGUGUCCUCGGGGAGUAUUGCGAUGGAGGUGCCUCGGGUCUGGUGGUCAUGAGCUUAGACGAAGUCUACCUCAACAUCACUCAACAUCUCAAGCAACGUGCUGAUUGGCCACCAGAUCGACGCACUUAUUGGCCAAGGGUGGCGCCCAAAACGCCUUUGCUCGUUUGCAAAUGCGCCAAGAACAAUGCUGACUCCACUGUGGCUGACUUGUUGGUAACAUCAUCAGCCUCAAAUUCCCCCUCUAAAUUCGCCUCCACUUCAUCAAAUCAAGGUAAUAGUAGGAGCAGUACUACUUCUUCUACUACUGCCUGCUCAAACACUCCUCCGAGCACUAUUUCGUUAGUAGUGGGUAAAGAUGAAGCCUUGGCCACUUGUCUGCUUUGUGGAAUGCUCAUCAAGACAGGUCCCCGUGUUUUUGGAACAAGUGCCGAGGAGGCUGUUAGAGAAAUGCGUUUUCGUGUUUUCUGUGCCACGAAGCUUACGUGUAGUGCUGGAAUCGCUCCGAACUCCCUGAUUGCAAAAAUUGCAUCGGAUUUGAAUAAACCCAACGGACAGUACUCGAUUGAACCUACUCUUGAAGCUAUUGAGGCAUUUAUAUCUUCCCUACCCAUUCGAAAGGUUGGUCAUAUCAUUCCAUGUGAACACUGGGUCGUACCCUUGUUUCUGUUCGGUGCUGAGUCUGGAGGCUACAAAAGUGCAAAGGUCCCAGGCAUUGGCUACGUGACAGAGUGUAAAUUGAAGGCGUUCGGUGUGGAAAUGAUAGUGGAUUUGUGGAAGAAACGAGGCGCUCUCUACCACCUCACAUCUCCCACGGCGAUGCACUACUAUAUGCGUAUCACCCUUGGACACUGCGAGGAUGAAUGGGCUGAAGGCGAAGGACCUCAUAUUGCGGGUUUCUCAGGACAUCGCUCCUCUCAUCAAAAGAGCAUGAGUACUGAAAGGACAUUUCAAGACUGUUCGGAUAUGGAUACUCUACUGGCGAAAUGUCGAAAGCUAUGCGUUUCGCUCGUCAAAGACAUGAACGAGGCUCAUGUAAAAGGUAAAACUGUAACAAUGAAACUCAAGUUGGACACGUUUGAAGUUCGAUCGAGAUCUCAAACUCUGCCUGACUAUACAUGCUCUAUUGACAUAAUCUUCCAAUGUGCCUCAGAAAUCCUUAAAGAUGAGGUGAAAGCUGAAUUGGCAAACAAUUCAAAGGCUCUCACUCUUCGACUCAUGGGUGUUAAGAUUUCGAAUCUUGUUCCCUCAGCGAUGUGCCAACAGUUCCGACAAGAAACUCUAGAGUCUGCCUUCGAUAGGGGUUUCAAAGGUGCCAAAGACGAAGAAAAAUGCGAGGAAAUCCCGAACACAUCCAUCCCGGAGACGACCUCAUCAAUAAUCACGACUGUGAAAGAAUCCACCUCCGCCAAUGAAGACAACGAAUUCUCCACCACAGUAUGCCCAGUGUGCUCAAAAGAGCUUAAACUAAAGGAUCUUGAGCAGAUGAACGACCACUUGGACACUUGUCUAAGUCGGCAGACGGUGCUGGAAGCGGUUCAGGAGACGUUUACCUCACCUCAGCCAAGCACAUCAAAACCCCCGUCCGUCGCAGUGAAACGACCAGCACGACCGACUGGCUUUGGUGGUCCAUUAGACAAAUACUUCAGGAUUGAAUGA